CCAGGAAGGAGAAACUGGCAGUGAUAGGCGAUAAAGUGAGCGCAGUUUUGCCCAGUGCGACAGACGAGGACUGCAAAACUCGCUUCAUGUCCCUGCGGUCGCACUUUUGUGCAGAGAUGAAAAAAGUAAGAGCUAGUGAGCACAGCAGUGCAGGGGCAAGGGACAUUUACGAGCCCACUGUGUGCUGGUUCCGUCCCUUAAAGUAUUUAAAGGGCUACGUCACACCAAGGAGAACAGUGACCAACAUCCCAAGCUGUAUGAAAACUGAGGUGACCACAGUAACGGAAGAGGCCACCGUAAACGAGGAAUGUAGUGAAGAUGACAACGGCAAUCACUCCCAAGACAUAUUUACUGUGGGAUGUACAGAGGGAUGUACACCUUUGUCAACACCUCGGGUAUCACCACAAUCGUCUCUGAGGGAACCUUAUGCUUCAGCGAGAAAGAGGCGUAGGAGGGACAGUGAGGAUGAAUUGGCCGCCUCAACAUUGUCUGUUUUAAGAGACAUUCAAGUGUCAAUUAGUGGCAGUAAUGAAGAUGAUAAAUUUGGGCAGUAUGUUGCUGCUGAAUUGAAAACAAUGAAAAAUCCAGCAAUUAAGGCUGAAGUAAAAUUGAAUGUGAUGAAAUCUAUCAUAGAUGGCAUUCGUAAAGAAAUCAGUAGCUGA